AUGUUUGCAGCGGCCACCAAGAACUUUGUGAAGCAGGUGGGCGACACGGGGAGGCUGAUCCCCGUCCCGAGCUUGAGCGAGGCCGACCGAUACCAGCCCCUCAGCCUGGUCACCAGGAAGCGAAAGAGGCGUUUCUGGAAGAAGAAGAAAUACGCGUCCACGGCAUUCUCCCUCAAAGACAUCCUGGUCGGGGAGAAAGAGAUUACAGCAGGCGUGUCUUCUUAUCAGCUGCUCAACUAUGAGGACAAAUCGGACGUGGCCCUCAAUGGGCGACUCGGGAACCACCUGGUUAACGACGUGGGCUUCAACGUCAGCGGCUCAGACUCGGUGGCCGUCAAGGCUUCGUUCGGCAUCGUGACCAAACACGAGCUGGAGGUGCCCACUUUGCUGCGAGAACUCAGCGCCAGGAAAGCGGACCUGGACCACUGCCUUGUCCGCCAGUCCAGAGCGAGUGGGCGGGGCGUCCUGUGCGUCGUCAUGGAGAGCAUCCGCACCACGCGCCAGUGCUCGCUGACGGUCCACGCUGGCAUGAGGCGUACGACCAUGAGGUUUCAGAUCGACGAUGGCAGAAACCCAAAAGGCCGAGACAAGGCCAUCGUCAUCCCCGCUCACACCACCAUCGCCUUCAGCACCUGCGAGCUGUUGGUCCGACUCGACGGGCGACUUGAUAUCUGUGUAGCACCGGGGUCUCGAGGUGGAUUUGAACGAGAGCAGAUGAGGGAGCAGCUGGACGGUUUCGUCGGCCACUUCUCCAUGGGACGACUGCGCCGCUUCCUGUCAGGCAUCAUCUACGGGAACCCCUUCAGAGCAGACGACAGCACAUUCGAGGAGCUCACUCACUCCGACACCUACAUGGACGACACGGCGACGGACUACUACGAGAAAGCCGCCAGCAUGACGGACGUCUCCACGGCCUACCUGAGGGAAAGCGCCCACCCGCGCGUCAACCUCCUCAAACACAACAUCCCCAAAGGGCCAUGUGCUCUGUGUGGCAUGGGCAACCAAAAGAGAGAGACUGUCUAUGGCUGCGUAGAAUGUUCUUCUGGUAGUCAAAAGUACGUGCGACUGCAUGUGGUGCCCUGCUUUGACCUGUGGCAUAAAACACUUAAGUGAAAAAUAUGUUCAUGAUGAUACAAUUUUAAGUUAAAUAUCUGUGCUGUUGUGCAAAAUUAAAGUCAAUUUCUUUCAUUUUAUAACCAUCCGCUGCACAUUUUCCUGGAUUGUAUUUAGUGGACACUAACAUCUGCCCUGCAGGAUGAAUUUGAGGACCAGUCAUAGACAAUUUAGAGUGAAUAACCAAUUUUAUUCUCACUCGCAUACAAAACAUUCUAACUUGGAUUGUUUCCUGGUUUCCUGGUACCCUAGCACCUCCAAAACCCUCAAAUCUAAACUCCAAACAUCCCAGAACAAGCUAGUCAGGUUACUUCUAGACCUCCACCCCAGAUCCCUCCUCACUCCUACCCACUUCUCCAAAGUGGGCUGGCUCAAGGUGGAGGACAGAGUAAAACAACUUGCACUGAGCCUAGUCUAUAAAAUCCACUACACCUCCCUGAUACCGAAGUACAUGUCAAACUACUUCCUUAACGUAAAUGACCGCCAUAACCAUAACACCAGGGGGAGCUCCACUAACCACGUUAAACCCAGAUUCCGAACUAACAAAGGUCUUAACUCAAUCUCUUUCUAUGCCACAUCAAUGUGGAAUGCGCUCCCAACAGGUAUAAAAGAAAGGGCAUCUCUAUCCUCCUUCAACACCGCAAUAAAAGUUCACCUCCAGGCAGCUACCACCCUAAACUAACACCCUCCCCGGAUUGCUAAUAAUCAAAUGUAAACAAUCAAAUGCAGAUACUUUUUCUUAUGCCUUCUGAUCUCUCUCUCUCUCUCUCUCUCUACUACUACUUGCUGUCCAUAUCCUACCCCCCCCACCCCCCUCCACACCCCUGAUUGUAAAUAAUGUAAAUAAUUCAAUGUGAUUAUCUUGUGUGAUGACUGUAUUAUGAUGAUAGUAUAUAUCUGAUAGUAUAUAUCUGUAUCAUGAAUCAAUUUAAGUGGACCCCGACUUAAACAAGUUGAAAAACUUAUUCGGGUGUUACCAUUUAGUGGUCAAUUGUACGGAAUAUGUACUUCACUGUGCAACCUACUAAUACAAGUCUCAAUCAAUCAAUCAAUCAAUCCCUGGCUUCGAGACUCUCCCGAAGGACAGUGCGGCGAAGACACAACAAACUCCCUUCUUGUCUCUCAUGGACACACACCUGUUGUUGUUGACUUUGGACUGACUGGCAAGAACACCAAGGCCGCGGAACAGAGACACGCGGCAGGCUUACACACACACAUGCAUCCACAAAAAUAUACGCCACACACACACAUACCCCACCACCCCAUCCAACGCCCUUGAUGCGAAUCCCUUAGGGGUGAUGGACGGCUGGGCAGCACCUGAAGAGCUGCAGCCUCCCACCGUAGCCCCCACUCCCUCCCUUUUAUUGCAAGUCUCGAGAUGUAUGUUGUAAUAUAUAUAUGUGCAUUGCUAUGGAGGUUUUUUCCCACUCCAGACUUGGCCCCCUUAGGAGCCCAGUCUAGAUUGUAUUUUUUUACCCAUCCUCACCCAGCAUUGACCUUUUUCCCAUAUUUUACGGGGUCCCUUGUGGCAACCCAACAGCGUUCCUGUUCUGUAACCCUGUACACUGUUUGUCUAAUCUUGAACGGGUUUGUGCUGAAAACAAAGUUUUGUUGUACUUGUGCAAUGACAAUAAAGACCUACCUACCU